ACCAGCCUCCACUGGUGUGUUUGUGCAUGCGCAAGAGAGAAAGAGCGAGAGCAAGAGAGAGCGAGAGAGAGACUGCACCUGUGACGGAACACCUGAGUGUCAACAUAAGGAGGACUGAGAAACUGAGUGAAUGUGAAAAGAGAACAGGAAGAGAAAGAAAGAAUAAUAAAGUAUAAGAAAUUAAUGCAGAACCUCUAACUAGGAGAGCACUAAGAUAUGGUUGGACAUUUUCACAUCUGAAAUCCACUCCCUCUCCAGGACAGAGACCAAUUCUCCAUCAACAAGGUCAAUCCCCCCUCCAGUCUCUGUUUGUGCCAUGGCUGACCCUAGCUGGUGGAAGCUGACCUUCUCACCUACGAAGUCUGAGGCAAAGGUUCUGUACGAGAUCCCUCAAGAGUAUGGUAAUAAUAAUAAUAAGGAACAUCACAACAGCCCUCAGUUCCCCACAGACCCAAUGGACAACCAAUUCAGUGCCAGACUGGAGAAGAUAGUGGAUAAGUCGGCCACUAAAGGUCGCCAUGUUAAGGUGUCCCACUCUGGUCGCUUCAAGGAGAAGAAGAAGAUCCGUGCCACACUGGCUGAGAACCCUAUGCUGUUCUCUGAACACAGUCUCAGGGAUGAGAACCACAGGGCAGAGAAAUAGCACAUAACCAGGUGCAUGCUUUUUAGGCUCUUUUUUUAAGUCAUGCAUUACAGACAGCCACACCAUUCACGACACCAACACAUCCAUAAUCUUAUUGGUACAAAACAUAUAUACACUCCCCAGGUGGGCUCCACACCUAAGUACACAGAUAAUACUGUAACCAGCUGAAUUAUCAUGCACAUCCACAACACUGUUCAAGGUUCAUUGAUGCAAACAUAUUAGAAUGGAUGGUAUUUUUCACCAGUUCAUUCCUGAGCUAACUGCACUUGGACAACACUGAACAUUUCCAAGAAUAUGGCAAUAUGUUGCCUGUAUCUUUACAAGGACUCAUGACCAGUAACCUGGAGGGAAUUUUUCACUGUAGUAUAAGAUAAAUAAAUUAUGGAAAAUGUUUAGCUGCAAAGGUUCAUUUGUUAUAAAUGUUAGUUCCACAUAUUUUGUAUAUUUAAUGACUUGUAAUGAUAUGAAGAAGUCUAGUUUACGACAUGGUGAUGUAAGAAUGUGUAAACUGGGCCCUCCAUCAGGGAUUCAUCUUCCAGUUUGUCACUUCAUCGGAGUCCGGUUGGUGGCGAGGCUUGGGCAAAUGGAGUCAGAAAGGAGAUGUGAGGGAUACAUGGUAUUGAAGUGAUCACAGAAAAGGGCAUGUCCAUCCAUGAGAACAAGUCAGAGUAUAAUGUGAACCAGUGAUUAUUUGAUUUAUAUACAGUUCUGUUUCAUCUAACACAUCUAAAGAUCUGCAUGAAAUAAAGUUGAUUGAAAAA